AUGGGGAGAGGAAAGAUUGUUAUUCGUAGGAUUGACAAUUCGACUAGCAGGCAAGUAACUUUCUCAAAGAGAAGAAGUGGAUUGCUGAAGAAGGCUAGAGAGCUAUCAAUUCUUUGUGAUGCAGAAGUUGGACUGAUUGUUUUCUCCAGCACUGGAAGGCUUUAUGAUUAUUCAAGUACUAGCAUGAAAUCUGUAAUUGAAAGGUACAACAAACAGAAAGAAGAGCAAUACCUACUGCUAAAUCCUACUUCAGAGAUCAAGAUAACUAAUGCUGAUGAUUUAAUAUGCAGCAAAGAUGUCAAUGAUGAAACAUUAAAGUUCACGAGAGAGGAGCGAUUUGGACCACUGGAAGCUUCUUGA